UUUGUUGUUUCUCCAGCCCACACAGGGAGUAGCGUUCCUGAUUGGCUAAUAGUUUUAAGCCUGUACUUCGAAAGGACAUUUCCCUGGGAUGUUUGGCAACGUUAUUAAUGGUAAGGACGUGGACUUGCUUACACCUAUUUUACUACCGUCCCACAAAAGAGGAACAUGGAACACGUGACGCCGAGUGGUGGGGACGACGUGGACGCCUUGAAAUUUUUUGCAAAGAAAAGGUCAGAUGCAGAGCCCGCAGGCAGUAGUAAGACUACUGAGGAAGUGGACUCUGUCCCCCACAGCAGUAAAACAGUCCACUCUGACCCUUACCGCUACAAGAUGGACUAUCCCUGCAUUGGAACCUGUCUGAUUAUCAACAAUAAGAACUUCCACAGUAGCACAGGAAUGACUGCUCGGAACGGGACAGAUGUAGAUGCUGCUGCUGCCAUGAAGACCUUCUCUAAGCUGGGUUAUAAGGUCAAUGUGAAAACUGAUCAGACCGUGGCUGAGAUGAAACAACUGUUGAGAUGUGCAUCCGAGAAGGACCACAGUAAGAGUGCAUCAUUUGCAUGUGUGUUGCUAAGUCACGGUGACGAGGGCUUGAUAUAUGGCACCGACGGCGCUGAAAAGUUGGAGAAGCUGACAGAAUGCUUUAAAGGAGAUCGCUGUAGGAGUCUGGUGGGGAAACCUAAGCUCUUCUUCAUACAGGAUUUUCUUUUGAGGCGUGCCGUGGGUCAGACCUGGACGGCGGAUCCUUUUUUGAGGCCGAUAGCGUCGAUGCUCAGACAGAGAGGAUUCCUGUGGAGGCAGACUUCCUGUAUGCCUAUUCUACUGCUCCAGGCUACUACUCAUGGAGAAACACGACCAACGGCUCCUGGUUCAUGCAGUCGCUGUGCGAGAUGCUGAAGCGUUUCAGCGGAGAGCUGGAGCUGAUGCAGAUCAUGACCCGCGUCAACCGCAUGGUGGCGCUCCACUUUGAGUCCUCCUCCAACCUGCCGGGAUUUAGUGGCAAGAAGCAGAUCCCCUGCAUCGUCUCAAUGUUGACCAAAGACUUCUACUUUGCUGAUUUCCACCCAUGAACACCGCUAAGCUGUGGGAAACCGAAUCAGGUGACUGUGCCGGCGUCACUAUAGCAUUUAAUUUCCUUCUAUUUUACCUUCUCUUUGGCCAAACAGUUCAAAACAGGAUAACAUUAGCUUCAAUCUGACUACCCGAAUGCACUGUCAACAUUAGACUACCUAAUUAUGUUUUUUUUAUGAUUAUGUUUUUAGUGUAUCUUUUAGAUAAAACCUAAACCAGUUUUAAUUCCAUCUUUGAUCAUUGUGAGUUGCAGAUGAGAUACUAAACGGUGUUGGGACUGCAUCUUCAAUAAGCCCAUUUUACUCCAUAAACACAAUACUGUACAUUUGCUACCUAAAAUGCGUCUUCUUUAUGAAUGCAAUAAAUGCACAAGCACAGAUA